CGGCCGGACACGUUGAUACCAGGAUCGAUCGCCGAGCGGGAGCACCUGAAGUGGCGCAAUGCCAAACCGAUCGCCAACAAUCCCUACUCACCGGAUGCACUACAGCGCCGCCUGUCGGAGAAAACCCGGCCCUCCAGCAUGAUCGAGAUCGAUCGGUUGGUGCGAAAGGAAGCACCAUCGGACGCCAUCAUCUGCGAUGACGAUCCUCCCGGCGGGCAACCGCAUGACUCGCCUACCAAACACGAGGCCAGUGCGCCGCAAACGGUGAAUGGGAGUGCCUUAUCGGAAAAGAAGAAGAUCGGACGCGAGUAUUACAUCAACGAUCCCGAGCGUCUGCGGAUGGGCGGUGGCGGAACGGUGAAGCAAACGCUGGGCCUCGGCCAACACCCGGGCCAGCCCGGCCCGGCGCACAGUACCGAUGACGAGAAAGUGAGUGAUCAAACCUACUACCAGCAUUCCUACAUCAUGGACCGGUUUUUGAACGCCGAGCGGCCAUCCGUCGGCCGGACGGCUUCGUUGCGCUCGAACAGAAGCCUUCCGCCGCCGGACGAGCGUCCGGGUGCGGUGGGGCACCGUGCGGCUUCGGUCGAUUUGGGCUACCAAACGAAAACUCCGUCAGCCGCCGGUAGCGACACCACCGGGGUCGACAUUCCGCCGCACAUUAUUGCCCAGUUUGAACAGGAAACGCUGCACAGCGAUUACAAGCGCGACAGCUUCCGGGCCCGCCAUGCCACCACGCGCCAGUUUGUGCUCAAUCCAAUCUUUGACGAAUCGUCGGCCGGUCCGACCGGCACCGGAGAGGGAUCUCGAACGACGUUACCGCGCGGUUAUUCCCGGGCCGACCGUAAGGACGAUCGGUCGAUUGCCGCGAAGGAGAUCGUACGCCCGGGGCCGGUAGUCGAGACGGUGUUCACCGACCUCUGCACGUUGCGCCGCAGUGCGAGCGUCAAGAGUCGGAUCGAACAGUUUUCCAACUUUUCCGCUAUCCGGCGAACCGAAAGCCAUCGUUCGAGCUUAAGCAAAUGA